AUGGCGUCGACCACAUCGAACCCGAGCAGGGCCAUCAUGAGAGCCUCCUCCAUCGAUUCGGCAAUUUCCUCGGCAUCGGUCCAGUCGGCCGCCAGUCACGCUCAUACGUCUUCUACUAGUAGUUCUAAUAACGCCCUUUCCCAGAUCACCGGCAGCUCACCAGCCGAUGUUCAGUCUUUGAUUCAAGCUGCUGGUUCGGCGGAGGAGGCAGUACGUUACUUGUUGAAGGAGAAACAGUCCAUGACGGCGCAGAACUCGCAGCUCUGGAGGCUCGUCGAUAAACAGCGCGCCAUGAUCCUGGGCCUCAAUAAAGAUCUCGAGCGUGCUCUGAAGGAGAAGGACCGGUAUCGUACGAAAUUAAAGGAGCACAUGGGCAUGAUCCCCCCACUGCCCACGGGCUCGAUACCCUCGCGAGGUUUAAGUGAGAGCCCCGCGCCCAGCUUGGACGAGCCGCACAGUAGAUCGGCGUCGAGGUCACCGACUCGUGGCGAGGGCAUCACGAGGAGUGAAUCCCUUGCGUCGACCAGCGAGAGGGGCCGGGGCGGAAUCAAAGCUUCCGGCCUCGAAAUCGCCAUCGAACCCCUCUCGCCUACCCGUGAACGCAUGAUCUCGUCCCCGAUCGAUUCCUCUGCUACAGCAAGGUUCGAGGGGCUUUCUCAAGGCUUCGAUCUAAGCGAUGAAGUGGUAUUCCGCGGGCCACGGGAAGUUACAUCGUCAGAUAUCCACCGGCUGCAUGAUGACCACGAACGGAAUGAGUCCCCCACCCAGCUCUCGCCCAAGAUGGUAUCGCCGUUAUCACGUCUACCACCCGACCAUCGGGAUCAACUGCACGAAAACGACCGUAGGUCACACGCGCGAACGGAACCUUACGAGAAGAAACUGGGCAUUACGACCGCUGUACCACCCGCCCCUGGAAUGGGGAAAACCCCAAUCCGAAAGGCACCGCCAGCUCCUCUCGAGUUCCAACGCUCCCAACUCCACAACCAGAUCCACCACGAUGACAUAGGCACAACCACCCAGGCAGCUUCCAAUAGUGACGAUAGCUGGCAAGCCACUCCGGACGACAAAGUGGGAGGAUUGCCCAUGCCCUUCAACAACAGAUUCGUAGGCAACGGUCCCCUUACUGCUCCACCCACGCGGUCCCCUCCCACUCAGUAUCUGCAGCACAUGCAUGUCCCUCUCACUCCAGGUCCGUCGAACAUGAACAUGUCCCACAGAUUAUCUCCCGAAGCCGAGACGGCUCGCAUCAAGGCAUCGUUCGUCAGGGCACCAUUGCCUAGCCCCGGUUUGCCCAGCUCUCCGAGACCAGUAGACAGGCCUCCGAAUUCGCCAAUGCCCCGUGGCUUCUCGAUGGACUCCGCUCUGGGACUUCCGGGAACGCCAAAGCCCGUGUUCCAGAGCCUGACCAUCCCAGCGACCCCUCGAUCCGCAAUGCCUUUGGCAUCUCCCAGGAUGCCUCCGUUCGUCACCGGGCAUGGAAGGGCCGCCUCCGACGGAAGCGUGCGACAGGAUUCGCCAAUCAUCGAGCUCGUCAUCAGGCCAUCCGAGAUCACCACCGUGGACUGCCGCGUCGUCUCCUCGAGGAUGAAGCCCUCAAGAGCUAGCAUGUUACCCGGAAAGCCGAGACCCUCGUCCGAAGACUCGGUAUUCACUUUGGGCCUGUUUUCACGAACCGAUGGGAAGGAGGUUCUGAGGGUCGAGAAGGACGUGGGGGCGCUGCCAGCCCUGGAUUCGAAGCUGAGGAAGUACAUCACCUACCACUCCAAGGUUCCGGAUCGGUCACUUUUCUCGGGAUACGCACCUGCCAGGGUGGAUGCACGGAGGGCGGCUCUGGACGAGUAUUUCGCUGGUAUUUUCGGUGCCGUCAUGAACGAACCUGCGGCGCGGGGACUCUGCGAAUUCUUUUCGACCGAUGUUGUGGAGCAUUAUCCGAACAGCAUACACGAGACCAUCAAGGAGAGCAUUCCCCCAAUCGCCGGCGACAAUGUCGGCCUGGGAAUCACUGCGGUCAAGGAAGGAUACCUGACGAAGCGUGGCAAAAACUUUGGCGGAUGGAAGGAGCGAUACUUUGUCCUCGACGGGCCGGUUUUGAGGUACUUUGAUACCCCAGGCGGUGCUCAGCUCGGUCAGAUCAAGUUGCAAGGCGCGCAGAUUGGACGGCAAAGUGCGUCUCAGAAGGCAAAGGACGACGCUAGUGGAGACGAGGAUAACCAAUACCGACAUGCCUUCCUGGUUCUCGAGCCGAAGAGAAAGGAUUCGGCGACCCUGGUGCGGCACGUGCUCUGUUCUGAGAACGACAAGGAAAGGGACGAAUGGGUCAAUGCACUGCUCGACCAUGUGAGCUCUGAGAAGGAGAAGGAGAAGGAGAAGGACGAGGAUGGCAAGCAGAAGCUUAAGCACUCCAAGAGUAAGGACAGCAAGGAGGCGAAGGACGGUAGUGAUGACGGAGACGGUAUCUCACUGCGGAGCAUGAGCUAUGACGAGGCAAGUCAAGGACCUGCUCCUGCGCGAGGCCCGACUCCAGAAGAGCUGAGCAGACAGCAGGUCUCGCCCUCGCCGAACUCGAUGCUCUCGCAGUCGGGGCCGUUCUCGUCCAGCGCACCCGUGCCUGAACGGGGCCAUCCGGUCAAACAGAUCUCGGCACCAACCAACGGGUCCGUCAUCUCCGAUCCUGCGGCAUGGGGCGCCGGUAAGUCAGCGGAAGACAAGAAGGCGGAGAAGGCGGCCAAGAAGAGGAGUAUAUGGGGGUUCAAGCAGCGGAUCUCAUCGAAUUCCGAAGACCAAGGGAAACAACCGGCCGGCCAUCAACAAGCGGUGGAGAGGUUCCCGCUGUCGCGAUCGGUGUUUGGUGCGACGCUCGAGGAGGCCGUGUACUUGACGAAGCCGCCCGGUGUCGAAGUGGCACUUCCUUCGGUCGUGUACCGGUGUAUCGAGUAUCUCGACGCGAAGAAUGCUUCGGACGAGGAAGGUAUCUUCAGGUUGUCGGGUAGCAAUGUGGUAAUUAAGGGAUUGAGGGAGAAGUUUAAUACUGAGGCCGAUGUCAACCUGCUUGGCCAUGAUGAGUAUUACGACGUGCAUGCGAUUUCUGGCUUGCUCAAGUUGUACCUCCGCGAACUGCCGAACAAUAUCCUGACCUCCGACCGACGGGACGACUUCGUCAAGGUCACCGAGAUGGAGGACAAGAACCAGAAGAUCACUGCUCUCAACAACCUCGUGCAUAGCCUCCCGCCGGAGAACUUUGCACUGCUUAAGGCGCUCUCGGGCCAUCUCUUGAGGAUCGUCGAUAACUCGGACGUCAACAAGAUGACCAUCCGAAACGUCGGCAUCGUCUUCUCUCCAACCUUGAACAUCCCGGCUCAAGUCUUCUCCAUGUUCUUGCACGAGUACCGCUACAUCUUCUUCCUGGACGGCGAAGCACCGCCCGCACCACCGCCGCCGACGCUCCCAACCCUGGAAUAUCCAUCGACUCCCGGCUUCGGCCCCGGCCCGCUCUCCCCUCGCCAGCAAACAUUCCAGUCCACUGACCGACCAGCCCUAUCGUCCCAACGGAUGAUGGAACCGCCGCGAACCCCCAUGCUCCCCUCCCACCCAAUGACCAUCCGACCGCCCGGCUCGCUGCCCCCACCGCAGAUAGUCUCGUACGAGCCAAACUACGAUACGCAACCGCAGAUCACAUCGCCCACGCAAAUCAGUGCGCCACGAUUCGAUGUCAUGCCACCACAAGAUGCUGGUAGCAGCAGUGGCAACGGCGGACUAUCGGUACCGGACAACGGGAAGGGAUCCAAAUCAAGGAGGCGAGAGAGUAGUAUGAUGUUUAUGAUGGGUGGAUUGAAGAAGAAUUCGUUUACGCCGACUAAGAGUAAUAAUGUAGCGAUGGUGGAAGAGGAUCUGUACGGUUAG